AGUCAGAGUGUUCGGUCCUGGCUAGAAAAGGGAGGGGGUCAGACACACUCCUGGGGCUCUGCUCUGAUUCAAAGUCACUCACAGGGUCGGGCAGUGGCUCUGGCACUGUCGCUUCGCCAGUCCGGGGUUGGCAGCUCACAGCUCCGUGCCAUCGCCAGGCGCACCUGCAAUCCCAAAGCCAGCCACACCAGCAGCGAGACUGGCCUGAAGUGUUGAAGCGAGGGCGGGGGGAGAGGGAGAGACAGCCCCUUUCCUGGGGAGGUGAGGCUUUACCCAGGCAAGUAGUACAGCUCUCCCGGCCUCAGUCCCCUCACCGCAGUAAAAGCAGCUUGGUUUUCAAACUCCAGGGAUCUUUGUGGGACGCUCUGGGAGGCGGGCACAGGAUCCAUUUCAACCUCAGUCCCACCAAAUUUUGGAUUUGUUGCCGCCGGGAGGGGAGGGAAGGGAGCUGGAGGUCUCUCUCUGUCGCUCCUGGAGCUGCCAGCUGGCUAAAGCAGCGUCUUCAUAAAUACCCGCCCGAUGCCAGCUCUCCACUGUAUCCUGAUCAUCCUGUCUACCGCGACCCUGGCAGAGACGGCCUGUACGUGUAGCGGUAAAUCAAAAUGUCACUGUGAUGGAGCAAAAGGCAAUAAGGGUGAAAGAGGUUUCCCUGGUCCACAGGGUCCACCUGGAAUUCCAGGCUUUCCAGGUAUUGAGGGUCCUCGAGGUCCAGAAGGUCCCAAGGGAAAUGCUGGAUUUCCUGGACCUCCAGGCGUGAAAGGUUUGAGGGGACCUUCAGGUUUACCAGGCCAUCCAGGAAACCCUGCUGUGCCAGGUAUACCUGGAAGAGAUGGUCCUCAAGGCCCUAAAGGCAUACCAGGAUGCAAUGGCACAAAGGGUGAUCCUGGCUUUCCAGGAAUUCCUGGCUCUGAAGGAUUAAGCGGACUUCAAGGACAUCCAGGGCUUCCAGGACAAAAGGGUGAACCAGCUCAAACUGUAUCAUUAUAUCCAGGGGACAAAGGAAUCCGUGGACCACCAGGUCAACCAGGACUUCCAGGUCAAUCAGGACCUCCAGGACGACAAGGACCCACUGGCCCUCCAGGACCCUUGGGUCCACCAGGGCCAUCUGGUCAUCCAGGGCCAAAGGGCAACAUGGGAUUGAUCUUUGUGGGUUCCAAGGGUGACAAGGGUGUGAAAGGUCUUCCUGGCCCUGUUUAUCGACCAGACCGGGCUCCUACCAUAACUGUGAAAGCACAGAAGGGCAGCCCGGGGCCCUCUGGAGACCCAGGAUUUCCAGGUCUCCCGGGUUUACCAGGACCUAUGGCACCUGGAUGGGAGGGAGAGCAAGGAGAACGAGGAGACCCAGGUGCUAUGGGGAAACCAGGUAAAGAUGGGACACCUGGACUACCAGGGAUCCAGGGAUUGAAAGGUGAUCCAGGCUAUUUGGGAAUCACAGGAAGAGAUGGAGCACCAGGAAGGAAAGGAGAAAUUGGCCAUCAAGGACCUCCUGGUCCACCAGGUGAAGAAGAUAAUCAUUUCUAUGUCAAAGGAGGACGUGGCUAUCCAGGUGCUACAGGACCCAAAGGACAACCAGGAAUACCAGGUGGUGACGGCCAGCCAGGUUUACCAGGAGAGCCAGGGAUUUCCAGACGUGGGCCCAAAGGCCAAUCCGGAUAUCCCGGAAAAAGAGGUCCUAAAGGAGAUGGAGGUGAUCCUGGACAGAUUUUUGAAGGUCCUCCAGGUCCUCCUGGAUUUCCAGGCCCUCCAGGCUCACCAGGUCUAGUGGGACCACAAGGUGAUACUAUCAGUACAAAUGGCCAACCAGGACGUAGAGGGCCACCUGGACAAAGGGGUUUUGUUGGUUUUCGUGGUCCAACUGGAUACAAAGGUGAUAGAGGUGAUCUGUGUGUAACAUGCCGUGGAACUUCACAUCCUGGACCUCCUGGUCCACCUGGACUUCCUGGGACACACGGUCAAGCAUCAUUACCAGGCCCAAAAGGAAUUCCUGGUCCCUCAGGUCAAUGUGGACAAACAGGUCCCUCGGGCUCUCCAGGAUCCCCAGGUUUUGCAGGACCACCAGGCUUGAACGGUGAUCCAGGAACUGGGGGAGGCCAAGGUUCAAAAGGGGACAAAGGUGACUGUGGCUUCAUUGGGAAGACAGGAAGGCAAGGAACGAAUGGAAUACCUGGUCAACCAGGGCCACAAGGACCCCAAGGAAUCAAGGGUGACCCAACACCAUUUCCAUCAAAAGGUGACAGAGGUCCACAAGGUGUCCCUGGAAACCCUGGUAUCCCAGGACCUAUGGGCCCUCCUGGGCCACCUGGGUUUGGACCUCCGGGUAGACAGGGGCUCAAAGGAAAUCGUGGCGUACCUGGAUUUCGAGGAAUUGAUGGUGUCCCAGGCGAGAAAGGGGAGCAGAAUAAUGGGUCCCCAAUCCCAGGCCCAACAGGGCUUCGUGGUGAAACAGGAGAUACUGGGCCAGCAGGUUUUCCCGGUAACCCUGGACCUCCAGGUCGAGAUGGUUCUUCAGGUCCUCCAGGAGAAAAGGGAGAAACUGGACAUUCAGAGAAAGGAUCAACUGGUCCUCCAGGUCUUAAAGGAAACCCAGGGCCUCCUGGAGUAUUGGGUCCUCCAGGGACUCCAGGAGGACCAGGAGCACCUGGAAUGCCAGGGCUGCCAGGAGUCACUGGUCCUAAGGGUGAUGGACGUUUUGGACUGCCAGGCAAUUGUGGUCCACCAGGUCCUGCAGGAAAUGUUGGACCACCAGGGGAGAAGGGUAAUUCAGGUCCCCCUGGACUGCCUGGAGAAGAAGGGUGUCCUGGUCGCAGUGGUCCUCAAGGUCCACGAGGUGACCUCGGGAGUCCUGGUAUUCAGGGGCCAACAGGUCCACGUGGGCAACCAGGUAAAGGGAUACCUGGAACUACAGGUUCUGAAGGCCCACCUGGUCCACCUGGUCUGCAAGGAAUACCAACUAGAGGGCCUACUGGGGAUCCAGGAAUUCCGGGAGUGGGUAUUCCAGGCCUCCCUGGUACUCCUGGAUUUGUUGGAGCUCCAGGCUGUUCAGGCCCUCCUGGACCAAGAGGUUUUCCGGGGAACCCAGGACGAUCAGGUGUACCAGGGAGAUCAGGUCCAAAAGGUGAACCUGGUGUUAUGGGAGAGCCAGGGAAUCCAGGGCUAACUGGUGAACGAGGAUGUCAAGGCCUCAAGGGAGACAAAGGUUCUGAAGGUCGAUCAGGACCAAAGGGUAAUGAAGGUGCAAUUGGUGCGAUAGGUCAAAAAGGUGAAAAAGGAAUUAAACCAGUUACACAUACAAUUAUAGUAAAAGGUGUGAUAGGAGACACUGGGCCACAAGGUUUGCAAGGAAGAACGGGACCAAAAGGUGAGAGUGGUUCCAGUGGUGAACCAGGUCAAAAUGGUAAAGAUGGAGCACCAGGACCUCUCGGCCCAGCAGGUCCACCAGGUGAUCCAGGUUUACCAGGAAAUCCAGGCAAUCCAGGAUGUGCUGGAGCUCUUGGGUCUACGGGUCCAAUGGGCCUGCCAGGUGAUAAAGGAGAAAAAGGGUUUGCUGGACCACCAGGGUCUUCAACGUUACCUGGUUCUAAUGGCAUUCCUGGCCGAAAGGGAGAGAAAGGAGUACCAAGCAGAUUAGUCUAUGGCAACCCAGGCCCUCCAGGAGAAAAGGGUAAUCAAGGUCCUUCGGCCCCAAAAGAACUACCAGGUACUCCUGGGUCUCGAGGUGAACCAGGAACUGAUGGUUGUCCUGGGACCCCUGGUGAGAAAGGCGACCAAGGCAAAUCAGGUUUUCCAGGUCCUGCAGGCUGUAAAGGCAGUAAAGGACUUGAUGGGAAACAAGGCUUACCAGGAAGUCAAGGUACCCCAGGAACUCCAGGAAUGCCAGGUUGCCAUGGUCCACCAGGAUUAACAGGUGCAAAGGGCCAGCAAGGACUUGAUGGCAUUCCAGGUCCUCAUGGACUGAAGGGAGAUCCAGGUUUACCUGGAAGAGGAUAUAAAGGCCAACCAGGCACAUGUGGGCAAUCAGGUCCUAAAGGAGAUACAGGACCUCCAGGUGAUGAGAGUGAAGGAGGUCCCCCUGGUCCUAGAGGUGACAUAGGUCCUCCUGGGCCUCCUGGCCUCCCCGGAGAAUCUGGCCCGCCUGGUCCUGCAGGAAUGAGUAUUCAAGGUCCCAAAGGAAACAGAGGACCUCAAGGCACCCCCGGGCCUGCAGGUCCUUGUGGAUUAAAGGGAUUGCUUGGACUGCCAGGGCCAGACUGUCUGAAGGGGAACAAAGGAUCAUCUGGUCUCCUAGGAUUUCAAGGCAACCCAGGUGACCGGGGUGAUCCAGGUGCAAAAGGACAACCAGGAAUUCCAGGCACAUCUGCUCAAGGUCCCAAAGGCGAGAGAGGUUCAACCGGUACCCCUGGGUUCCCAGGCUUACAAGGUGACAAAGGAGUCAAAGGCCAGACUGGAGAUGCAGGAUUGCCAGGAUUGCCGGGGCAACCAGGUCCAGAAGGGCUGGCAUCUGUUAUAACAACAAUAUCUGUAAAAGGUGAUUCCGGACUCCCGGGUCCACCGGGAUCUGAAGGACCAAGUGGAACUCCUGGAUCUCCUGGACCACCUGGAUGUAUCGGGAGCCAAGGUCCAACUGGUUCACUUGGUCAUAAUGGGCCUCCAGGUGGUAUAGGGCAUCCAGGACAAAAAGGCUCAUCAGGAUUUCCUGGGCAACAAGGACCGAAGGGCUAUCCAGGUCCCCAGGGACAGGAGGGGAACGGGGGACACCCUGGACCGAUGGGAAGAGAUAUUCAAGGUUUUGUUUUUACACGUCAUAGUCAAACUACAGAGGUACCUUCCUGCCCAGGCAACACUAAACAGCUAUAUAUUGGUUAUUCUCUCCUCUACGUGCAAGGAAACAAACGUGCAUAUGGACAAGAUUUAGGAACUGCUGGGAGUUGCUUGCCAAGAUUCAGUGCCAUGCCAUUUUUGUUCUGUAAUGUAAAUGAUGUCUGUAACUAUGCAUCAAGAAAUGACUAUUCUUAUUGGCUAUCAACUUCAAAAGAAAUGCCAAUGGAUAUGGCUCCAAUCAGUGGAAACGAGCUGAAACCAUUUAUAAGCAGAUGUAUUGUUUGUGAAAGUCCUGCAACGGUCUUAGCUGUGCAUAGUCAAACUGUUCAAAUCCCACCAUGCCCAAGGGGUUGGAAGUCCUUGUGGAUAGGCUAUUCCUUUGUAAUGCACAGAAGCUCAGGUGCAGAGGGAUCAGGCCAAGCACUGGCUUCACCUGGCUCCUGUUUAGAAGAAUUUCGUGUUGCCCCCUUUAUUGAAUGUCAAGGAAGGGGAACCUGCAAUUAUUAUGUAAAUACUUACAGUUUUUGGCUAGCGACGUUAGAUCCCUCACAGAUGUUCAGGAAACCCAGACCACAAACACUGAAGGCAGGAGAAUUACGAUCCAUAAUAAGUCGCUGUCAAGUCUGUACAAAAUAAAUCUGAACUCAAAACAGUAUAAUGGUGCUGUUCUUAGUUAUGUUUGAAAGGCAUUAAUACAGAAAUGAAGAUAUAAUAAUGUUAUUAUUUAAGGUGUUGAUUGGACUGUAGCAAACACCACUAAUAAAUUUGCCAGACACUGUU